AUGGCGUCCGAAUCCAUAUACAAGCCCCUGGACCCGUCCCGUCAGGAGAUUCGCCUGGAGAUAUUGUCGUUUGACGUCGAGGACAAGUCCUCGGUCAUCAGUUGCAGAAUCCACGUCGUCUCCCUGCUCGACAAGCCCGACUUCGUUGCCCUGUCGUAUGUCUGGGGCAACCCGGCCGACACGGUCGAGAUGCGGGUGGGCGGGGCGCCGUUCAAGGCGACGGGCGAUGUGCAAGAAAAGAACUAUCAGAUUCCGCUCAUGAGGCCCAUCUACUCGGGCGCCAGGCUCGUGGCCGGGUCGCUGGGCCCCGGCGACGAUGAGGCGCGGCUUUUGGACGCCAUCCGCUACCUGUCCGACAGGCCGUACUUCCGGCGAGUGUGGAUCCUCCAGGAGGUGGUGCUGGCGAUCUCGAUCAUCUUCAUGGGCGGCGGGCGGGCGGUGGACUUUGGCAGCCACGAGUUCGCCCUGUUCGACAUCCCGACCCUCCUCCUGGUGGCCAAGCCGCGGUGCGCCUCCUCCCCGGAGCGGUGGCAGGUCGCGCAGCCCGUGCUGCGAAAGUGCUUCUCUAUGAUGUCGCUGUUCGUCAGCCUGAGGCACCCGUCGACCGACGGCUCGGCCGCACGCGAGCAGACGGGCUUCAACUACGACGCGACCAACAAGCACGAUCACGUCUACGGCGCCCUCGGCAUGACGGGCAUCCGCGCGGCCGUCGACUACGCCCGGCCGCUCGGCGAGGUCUACGGCGAGGCCGUCAAGACGGCGCUCGAGGACGGCGUGGCCGCCUACCUGGACCCGCUGGUGUCCUUCGGCGGCGUCGGCCGGCGGCCCGACGUCCCGUCGUGGGCGCCCUGCCCGGAGCCCUUCGACAGCGGCAGGCAGUUCGUCUGGGGCAUGGGGUCCCAGCACGGCAUGUCGGACGCGCUGGACCGGGAGAUGGGCGGGCUCCCCCGCCGCCGCCGCCGCCCGGGAGUGGUGGCGCCCGCGGCCCCUGGCGGCCACGGGAUCCUCGCGCUGCCCGCCAGGGGCGUCCGCGUCCAGGCGGUCGCGAGACGCUACGCCAUCCCCAACUGCAGGGGCGAAGGGUAG